GGAUUUGAACAUUUACUUGCUUUGAAUCUCAAUAAAUAGUGCAGAUCUUGAGGUUGCAAUGGUGGGAGGGAAAAAAGGAGAAACGUCGAAGUGUAGAAAAGGAAAGGAGAAAAGACAGGUUUUGAUAUAUGAUGAUGAUGAGGAAAUGGAGGAUGCGGAGGAGGCGGAAGAUUUGGGUGACGACGAGGAUCCUCAAACACAGAUGCAGAUUGAGCAUCAUGAGCAACAGCUUCAGGCGCAACAGCUUCAGGGGCAACAUGCCUCGCAGUCUUCUCAGAGGGUGGUACUAGACCCUGCCACGUGCUGGUUUGAUGAUAAAGCCGUGGUAAAGGCCAUCUCCGGUACCCUAACAGGCUACUAUCGAAAGCCUUGGAGGAAUUACGGAGAAGUUGAUGCUAAAAUAAAGGAGCAUUGGUGGAACUUGUUUUGUAAGCAAUGCACAUGGGCACCCUAGUUGGAGGACCAUGUGAAGACAACCUUCGAAUCCAAGUUCGCAUAUCGGUUGAAGGACAUGUUUCACACAAUCACACACAAGAUGAAAGGUCAGAAGCCGGGCUGGCUUAUUGAUGACGUCCACCGGAAGAUGAUGAACAUUGUUUCCAAUGAUGAUACGUACAAGAAACGGUCCGAACAAAAUAAGAAGAAUAGAAGAGGCGGAUCAUUGGACAAUGUGGUUGAACCAACUCACUACCAGGGUUCAAUUUCAGCUGUACAACAUGCAAAAAGGAUGGCGACAAAAAACAAAGGGCAGUUACCUACUGCACAUGAGCUUUUCAUGAAGACGCACUUCAAGGAGGUCCCUGGGAAAGGAAUGGUGCCUGCCAAUGUCAAAUCCAAAAACAUAGCGGAGUCCUACCAGAAGAAGGUUGAAGAAGCCACCACCCAAGGGAUUAAAAAGAGUCCCAAUGAGUUGUAUUGGGAGACUGUGGGUGGUCGCAACAAGAAGGGUCGAGUGGGGGGACUUGGCGAAAGCGCAUCGUUGUACUAUGGCGAACGGAUGGGUCGGGUGUCUAGGUCUCCACAACAGUACACACCAUCCGUUGUUUCUCAGAUGCAGGAUCAGAUGGAGCACAGGGUCGAGGCACUUCGUAGUGAGAUCCGCAGUGAACUCCGGAGUGAAAUACGGAGUGAACUUCGGAGUGAAAUGGAAGUUGAGAUGCAAGCUCAAAUUCGAGCUGAAGUGGCCCAAAUGGAGAGGAGAGCCGAGGAGAGGUGGAAUGACUUCAUAAGUCGAUUCGGCAACAACACCGACGGAUGUUCCACCAUGAAGCCUCAACGUCGAGACCCUAGGGAUGAUUCGGGUAGUGGAGGAGCAAGCCAGGGUACCCCUGCAGUUUUUCAGCUUAGCUUAGGUUUGUGCAGUAUGGACAAGAACUUAAUUUGAUCGAUUUUAUGUAGCGUUUGAUUAUGUUCUCGCUUUUGUAGAACUUACUAUAUAUUAUGUA